AUGCCCCUCGUCAUUGUAUCUGGACUGCCCACUUCGGGCAAGUCCACAAGAUCAAAGCAGCUCUACGACUACCUCGAGAAGCGUAUCGUUGACUCAAAGUACCGUCUACACCUCAUAUCCGACGAGUCCCUUUCCAUAUCCCGCACCGUCUACGACCUAUCACCAGAGAAACUCCCCGCACACACUCGCUCCGCGAAUGCCUCCGAGAAGGAUGCCCGGGCUGCACUAUAUGGCGCCGUGAAGCGCGUCCUCAGCGACAAGGACAUCGUGAUUCUCGACGGACUCAACUAUAUUAAGGGCUGGCGAUACCAACUGCACUGUGAGGCCAAGGCAGUCCGCACACCAAGUUGUAUAUUGCAGAUUGGAUGCGGGGUGGACAGGGCGAGGGGAGUCAACGAGGAGAGGCUGCGACGAAGAGAAACCGGGGGCAACAAGAGCGCAGACGAGACCGAGGCCGCGGCUACUGAUUCACCCGAUGUCGACACCGCAGAGCCAUACGAGCCGAGCAACUGGGACAACCUCGUCUUUCGAUACGAAGAGCCCAACCCUAUGACCCGUUGGGACAGCCCCCUCUUCACACUUAUCUGGGAAGACGACGAGCCGCAAACCACAAAAGUCUUUUCCGAUCUCUGGGAUGCCAUCGCAGGCGAGGCGCGCAAGGUAGUCCGGCCGAACCAGGCUACGGUCCAGCGCGGCCGUGAGGCCAGCGGCGACUACCUCUAUGUGUUGGACCGUGAGACAUCAGACAUUGUGAAGCGCAUCGUCGAGGCGCAGCGUGAGGGCGACGACGUUGACGAGGUACGGAUACCAUCAGGCUCUGGCGACCUUACCGUGCAGCUACCAGCAGGGAAGAAGGUUGGCCUGCCACAGCUGCAGAGGCUGAGGAGGGCAUUCAUGGGGUUGAACAGAGGGGGCAUUGGGCUGGAAGCUGUGGGGGACAUGAGGGCCGCGAGGUUGAGGGAGACGUUCGUGACGUAUCUUAACGAUACGUUUGAGAAGGAUGAGUGA